AUGCCUGACUUUAAUCCCAUUUUCGAAGUUGAAAUUGUCCAGUCAUGGGUUGAAGCUAAUCAAGAUGGGUCCUACCCAUUUGCCUGCCCCAUGUACAAAUUCAAUCCCCAAACCUAUGAUAAGUGCAAGAAGCACCAGUUCAGGAGGAUCUCGGAUGUGAAACAGCAUCUCACCCGUCGCCAUGCGCUACCCUCCCACUCAUGCUCAAUCUGUUGGAGUCCGUUCAAAGACGACACAUCCAGAACCCAUCAUAUCCGCCACGCCAAUUGCCAACAACAGCCACAGCCAGAGGAACUCUCGCCCGAAGAGGUUAAUAACUUAAAGUCGCUUCGGGACCGCGACCCCCGUGUUGUAUGGCUAGCCAUUUGGAUGCAGCUUUUUCCUAGGGUGCAGCCACCUUCAUCGCCUUACGUCAAGCCUAACCAGAUCGAAGAGGUCAAAGAUCUCAUUUAUCCCGGCGUUUUGGUUGCCUUUCGGUCCAACCUGCCGACGAUAAUGUCAAAUAACACAGACUUCGCAUAUAUUGUUAAAUCCAUUCUGGACAGCGCCAGUGAUUUUUACUUCCAUCACUUGCCAAGAUCCCGACACUCACCGAUGCCACCAUCUUUACCAUCCAUGCCCCGGAACGAGACUCAGAUGGGUGUCAUCCAAACUACGGCAACUGAACAAUCACGACAGCGAGAUGGCCCAGGCAAUCGCGACGUCGGCCUGGGGUGUGACCUAGAUAGAGACGAACCCCUUGAGGAUGUCGAGAUCAGCAUGACCCUUGGUGAUUUGGAUGACAUUGGGUCCUAUGAGUGGAUGUGA